GGAACAACCAUUAACUAACUAGAACCCAAACCACGGCGCAUCAGAAGGAACCUUUGUCCCAGCUGCCAGCACGCUCGUGGUAAAAAUCACUGCUAUGCGCUAGAACUCGUAUACGCUUAAACCGUUUAACAUUUGUUCCUCGUUAAACAAUAAGAAACGAUAAGAAAAUCAAUGUAACAUGAUCAUCAUCCAUGUAAAAACGCUAUGUAUGUAGACGAAAAAAUACUAUUAUUAGAUCUGUAAUGCAGAGUUCAUUUAGUUAUACGCCAUGAACGCAGAGGACAUCACCUACCUCUCUCUGCUAGCUUUAUGUAUGUGUUUUGGACUCUACUACAGGAAAAUCGAUGAUCCCGAGAGAAAAAGGUGCAUAGGAGCUGCAGUCGGGUUACUCAUUGCUAUCAGUGUUUCGGGAGUACAUGUCGUCCAAGUGUUGAUCAGCGCUACAGUCAAUGCCCUCUUGAUCGUUCACGUCGACGGCAGAAAAUGUCCAACGUACGUGUUCACAUUCGCCUUCCUGUACCUGUGCUUCUUCCGAAUCAGCGAAUACUUCGGUAUUCCAUAUGGAUCUGGUCACACCAAUUUAGUAUUAAUGAUGGUGACCCUGAAGACAAUCGGAAUCGCGUUUGAAAAAAGCAAAUCCGAUCAGCUCAAGCACAAAAAAGAUAGUGAUGAGAAUAGGUCUGAAGAUGAGAAGUUGGAGGACGAGAGGUGUAUGAUAGAUGAUUUGAACGUUUUCGACGUGCUGUGCUACGUAUUCUGCUAUUGUGGAGUGCUAACAGGGCCCUACUUCAGGUAUAGAACAUAUUUAGACCAUUUAUACAAGCCUUAUCAUAAAUACGAUAAUUUCAAGGAAGAACUGAAGAAAAAGGUAUCGUGGCUCCCAAUACUGAUGGGCAUACAUGUAUUCACCACUUAUUAUUGGCCUAUAGAUUACGUCAACACAGAGGAGUUUCUCAACAGCUCGUUCUUCUAUCGUUACUGGUACAUAUGGCCUACGUUCUUGAUAUUUCGGUCUAGAAUCUAUGCUGGGUUGAUACUAACUGAAAUAGUAUGUAUUUUUGCUGGACUAGGAGUAUAUCCUGCUUUCACAGAGCCAAAAGCUGGACAUGGACCUACAAAGAAUUUGAAAAGACUGAAAGAAUUAACUCAUGGAGAGUUGGAAAACAUAGAUUACGAUUAUGAAACAAUACAUUGCAUAGAUGUUCUUGGAUCCGAUUUGGCACCAACCUCGAGAGAAGCGAUGAAAAAAUGGAAUAUUACUGUGCAAUACUGGCUAGCAGCUUACGUCUACAAGCAGUUCCCCUUAAAACAAUACAGGACUGCUGCAACGAUGUUAACUUCAGCGAUUUGGCAUGGAGUAUAUACAGGGUACUAUUUGUGUAUUGGAACUGUGCCAAUUACACUAAUGUUCUUCGAAGACCUUUGGGUGAAGAUAUUAAUAAAGGGCAAAGAAGGAAUGGAGUUGACAAUAGGAAGGAUGAUAAUGCUGUUCUUGAAAACGCAACUCUUCUCGUAUCAAAUCAUGUCGUUCGUGCUGCUGGAACUACCGAAGAUCUUCCAUUACUACAAUUGCGUCUAUCACUGUGUCGUGAUUUUCCAUACCAUAAUGUAUUUUGUUGGAAUGCGUAUGUUGAAACAAAAAAAGCUCAAAGAAAAUGCUGAGAAAGUACAAUGAGAUACUUAGAUUUAGUUGCGGUAGCUAUUAAUAUGUUAUUAGUUUUUAAUUUUUUAUAAUAAAGUGUUAAAUAAUAAGGCGCAUAGCGUGUUUCUAUAACUACGAACAUAAGUGACGCGAAGUGUCGAUUUUCUACGGAGUGAUCCGGGCUUAAAUGGACAGUAUGCAUCUAAGUUUUUUCAUAUGUGUAAAUAAAAAAGUUCUAAAUUCAUCAUCAAAUAUUUCACAGAUCUCAGGCACUAGUAGAUCGGUUUUGAUGAAAUUUUGCGCAGUAACAAUGUUACGUAAAAGUAACGAAAUUUAGUUGAACGGUUGAAAAAUCCAGGGCUGGACUCAAUUUUUCUUUACUUUUUUUUAUUCUAACAAAAUCAACUCAUUUUAAGCUG